AUGGAUGAACAUAAUUUAUCAAUUGGAGACUCAUUUCUAGUGGUUGACUGCGGCGGUGGUACCGUUGACUUAACGGUGCAUAAGAUAUUAGGGGAUAAAACAAUUGGUGAAAUUACCGAACGUUCAGGUGCCCUGUGCGGAAGUACUUAUGUGGACAGGAAUUUUAUCACUUUCUUGGAAAAGAAAGUUGGUAAAAAUGCAAUCGAGAUACUUAAAGAAAAGUAUCACGAAUAUCAGUAUCUUAUACACAAAUUCUUCGGUCCACACGUCAAAUUUGGGUUUAAUGGAGAACCUUCUGAAUUUAGGAGAGUCACAUUGGACUUCAGUAGAUUUUGUCCUACGCUCAAAAAAUAUGUAGGGAGUAAUCGGAUUUGGAUAAGCUUCGAAGAUAUUAUCGCUAUGUUCGAUCCAGUUGUGGAAACAAUAACUGACCUUAUAAGAAAGCAACUUUCUAGCACUACACAAAAUUGUUCGGCCAUGUUUUUAGUUGGAGGUUUUUCGGAAUCUCCAUAUCUGACUAGGAGGAUAAAGGAUACUUUUAAGACGACAGUUCCGUACAUUUCCAUUUCUCAACAUCCAAUCACUAGUGUUCUUCGUGGAGCUGUUAUAUAUGGUUUAAAUAAAGGGGCCAUAAAAAAUCGUAUUCUAACAAUGUAUUACGGUGUUGAGAUCCAUCCAAAGUGGGAAACAACCGAUCCCAUAGGUCGCAAAACUCGUGAAGGUCGAAUUGCCAAGUUUAAUUUUCUUGCUAAUCGUGGACAAACAAUCGAACUUGAUGAAAAAUGUUCUGGCACAUACGUACCCAUAUAUCCUGAUCAAAAAGAGAUUUGUUUUAGAGUUUUUGCCACUCCAAGAUAUAAUGCUAAAUAUUGCGAUGAACUUGGUAUGAAAGAGAUUGGAGAAUUAUAUGUUGAUUUACCAGAUAUACAUCUGGGAUUGGAUAGGCCCGUAGAAUUCUCCUUAAUGUUUGGCGAGCUAGUAAUUACGGCUACAGCCAUGAAUACAAAAAAUGGAAAAGUUUAUCGAACCACUUUUGACUAUGCGAAGUCAGAUUUCGUCUUCAAUAUGCUUUAA